AGCGCGGGGGGCCCGCUGGAUGGACUGGCGAAAACCGCCCUAACGGGAAGGCGCGGCGGCCUGGCGCAGCCCUCGCUGCUGCGCUGCACCAGACAGCGAAGGAGAUGGCGGAGGAGCGCAGCGGAGACCGCUAUACAGCGCGGAGCGGCGUCGCCGCGGAGGUGCGACGUUUGGAGCAACAGAUGGAGAUGGAGCGACGGCAAGUGGAGCGACGCAUCGAGCGUUUGGAGCGGCGGAUUGAGGAGGUGGCGAGUGCGAAUGCUUCCAGUGGACGCUGGGCCGAGCUGCAGGGUCACGUGGAUGGUCUGGCCGAGUCCUUGCAGAACCUCAUCCGGUGCGGAGCGGAGUCGAGGGGGCGUGCAGUGGACUUAGUGGACCAGGCUUCGGCUGCAGAGGAGGGGAUCAAGGACUUUCCAGGCUUCAAAGACUUGCAGCUGCAGGCAGACACCUGUUCGGCGCAGCUGGCCGAUCUGGACAGCAAGGUGUUGCAGAUGUCCGGCAGGCUGGUGCAGGUCGAGUAUCGUUUGGAGGGCCGAGACCUCGCAGCUCCGGACCGAGGGGUCCCUGUGCCAGGCGUCCAGGCGGAUGAGGCCGGGCAGGUGGACUUUCUGCGUGAGUCUGAAGACUUCAAGGACGAGGACAUGUCCAUACUGGAAGACCAGGUCUCUGACAUGGGACGUCGCUUUGAGCAGAUGCAGCGACACUUGGAGGAGCUGGUCACCGAUCAAUCGAUGCAGAACCUGGGCGAGCGCACCCAGCGUCUGUAUAGCAAGGCUUCUGCAGAGUGGUCAGAGAUGACCUUGGGUAAGGAGCUCAGCGCAGUGAGUGAAGAUUUGACCCGGCUAUGGAUUCGGGUAGAGGAGCAUGAGCAAAGUCUCAUGCCUUUGGCGGAGGCGUUCCGCCACCAGGAACAGCGACGCAAGGCCUCCACGCCCACGAGAGUGACGCAGCCCAAAGCAGGGCUUUGACUUUGACCUGGAGACCGGUACCUGGAGGCAGCGAGCUGAAGAGG